AUGCUGCACAACUCGAGCAUCACAUGCGACGACGUGCACCACCUGCUGCACCUCUUCUACCUCUCUGUCGGCCUGCCGACGACUGACCGCCAGCAGCAUUCCCGCCAUCGCCAGAGUGGCGAGCUGCUGUCGGAGCUCCCGCAGUGGAUCCCGUGCGCCAAGGAGCUGAAGGAGGCCGGGAUCCGGUUCAAGAUGAGGAAGAACGCCACGAGCUUCCUUGACAUCAAGUUCGCCCGCGGCGUACUGGAGAUCCCGCGGCUGGAGCUCGACGACUUCAGCGAGUCAAUGUUCCGGAACCUCAUAGCGUUCGAGCAGACAUACCCGGAUACCGCGCGGGACGUCUCCACCUACGCCUUCUUCAUGAACUGCCUCAUCACCUCGUCGGAGGACAUGAGGAUCCUGGGCCUGCGUGGCAUCCUUGUCAACCAUCUCAAAAGGAGCAUUGCCUGGCGAUUUUUCAGCGACAUAGUCCGCCAGGUGCACUGGUCCGCCGACAACUACCUGGUCGGCAUAAUGGGCGCGGUGAACAAGUACAGGGACAGCAGGAGGCACAAGUGGCGCGCGGCGCUCGUGCGCAACUAUUUCACCAAUCCCUGGGUGAUCAUGUCGGUGCUCGCGGCCCUGCUCCUGCUCGCCCUGGCCGUGCUGCAGAGCUUCUUCACUGUCUAUCGCCACUUCAAGCCCCCAAACCCCAAGUAAGAGCACAACACAGGUAAGCUUAGCCGGUAAUGUUAUGUUCGGAGAACAUCUCAGUUGCUGCUUUCAAUAAAACUGGACCAUGUAUU